UUCAAAUCAGGUAUCGUGGGUAUUGUCUAUCUCCACCGGUACCCCGAUACUUAGCUCCAGUUGCAGUUUUGUAGACGUCUUCGUGAUCCGUUCAGUCAAUGACUUAAUUGCAUAAAUGAUAUUGUAACGAGAGGAAACAACGGCUUUUCCGCAAAUCCAACAGUAACACGGUGAUCACAAAGUGUAUCUCACCUACUUCGUUAUGGGAAACAUGUGCGGUUGAUGGACGGUCAUACGCGAUCAUCUGCGAUUAGAAAAAGAUCUCCUCAACGAAGAUCUUGGUGAAGUUCGAAAGAGUUGGUUGCCAUGGGGAACAAACUGUGCAAAAAGAGAGAUAACGAUGGAGAAUCAAUGGAAGUGAAGGAAAAUGCAAUUGAUAGGAUCAUGUCGAGGUUAUGUUUGAGACCUAAUUCAUGGACCACUGACUUGCAUCGUUGUAAGCAGGUUAGCAGAUCAUCGAAAUCGAAGUUGUGCAAGGAAGGGAAGAACGCCGAAUCCAUAACAAAGUCCAGUGACUGGAUUGAAGCUACCCUCGAAGUGCCAGAAAAAGACUUUUCAAUGAGUUUCGAGAACGCGAAGCUUCAACCAAUCUUCAACGAGAGUGAAGCUGGAACUCCCGUUCCCCCUCCCAGAAAGCAGAAGAAAGGAAUAAAAGAAAAAAUCGAAGCUGCUGCCAAGAGUGGCCUACUUGCCCUGCAACCCAAGAAAUCUAUAGAAGAACCCUUAUGUAUCAAGAAAAAAAUCGACUACAGUUGCCCGUGCCACGAUCCAAGACAUAAACAUAAUAUAGAAAAUCAAAAUAAAGUUGAAGAAAAAAAUAUGACGAACAGAAAAGAACAGAAGUUAGGAAACACUAAAAGAAGUGAUCGGGAGAAAGAAUCUAAACGGCGGAAAAAUCUGUCUGUAGUAUCCCUUCCAAAUUAUAGCGAUCUCAAAUUUACUGUAGCUAAUUUCACCGAUAUUGAUGGAAAUGCUGCUGAUGAUAAGCAGAUAAAAUCGUCCAAUGUUUCUCUUCCACAAGAAACCAAAGUUGGCGGAACAAAGAGCUACAUGGUUCGGUGUAGAAGUUUUGGUUCUCUUCUACCUCAGCAGCUCCUGGAAAAGCUGAAACCAACACCAAAUAUUGUACCAAGUGCAGAGAGUGACGAUAGUUUUGGUGCCUUAGAGGACUGGGACUUGGAUUUGAUCGAACAUUAUAAUCCUCGUGACGCUAGUUUGCCCAGACCUAGAAGGCCUGUUUCUAAACCGGAGAAACAUAUUUUGUCUGACAUCGAAAAACAAAUUAUGAAAGAAGAUAUGGAAAUUCUUCCAGAUCUCACUACAAAAGUCACUAAUUCAACCGAAACAUUAUUAUUGAGUGAUGAUUCACCAACUUUUAGAGUGCUGAAUACUGUAACUUCUAGUGCAGAACCGCAUAGUUUGAAUUCUAUAGAUAUAUAUGAUAGUAUAGAGAAUUACGAAAAUGUCAACUUGAAAACAUUCGAGAAAGAAUCUUCUGAAAUCUUAACGAAUGUUGAGAGCUCCUCAUCACAACCAAUUUUAUCACGAGAAUCUGAAAUGGGAAAAACCACCAUUCAAAAUGUUAUCGAAGAAUUCAUUGAAUCAGAGAAAAAGAAUGUAAAUACAGGCUAAUUCUUAUACGCUCGUAUGAAUUUUUUUAAUAUUGUUUAAUUUAAAUUAACUUAAGGAACGUUUGUACAUUUCGUUAACAGUUUCGGUUUUGAUUUUGUCUUCCAGAAUGACAGAGUUGAAAUCGUAGUUUGUCCAAUUUUUUUUUAUAUCUUAUCCUAUAUUCGAAAAUAUAUGACUGAGAGAUGA